ACAGAGACACUUGUCAUCAGGAAGGUUCUCUCUCAGCACAACGGAAAAUAUCUCAAUGACUUGACAUGUUCUGGUUGUGAAUUCAGGCUACAAGGGGUCAUUGCUCGAUAAUGAGUCUCUCUGGGGAGAGAGAGGAGGGCAGCCAAUUCUCUAAAAUGAGUCUCUCUGGGGAGAGAGAGGAGGGCAGCCAAUUCUCUAAAAUGAGUCUCUCUGGGGAGAGAGAGGAGGGCAGCCAAUUCUCUAAAAUGAGUCUCUCUGGGGAACAUGACACCAACGUUAAGAGGGGACAGUGCUCUAAAAUGAGUCUCUCUGGGGAGAGAGAGGAGGGGGGCCCUGCCUCUAAAAUGAGUCUCUCUGGGGAGAGAGAGGAGGGGGGCCCUGCCUCUAAAAUGAGUCUCUCUGGGGAGAGAGAGGAGGGGGGCCCUGCCUCUAAAAUUCAUCUCUCUGAGGGACAUGACACCAAAGAUAAGAGACCAAUCAAGCAGGAGAGACCAGCCUCCCCUGUUCCCAGCUGUGUGUCCAUGAAGAGUGACUGGUCUAUGGAACCUCCUCUAACCUUUAGAGAGGGAGACUUUUCUACUGAACAAAGAAACCAACAGGAGAGAUCAGAGUCAGAGAUUCUCAGUUGUCAGUCUUCCCAGAGUCAUCAAACAGACCUGGACUCCAUAUUCAGUAUGCUUGAAGAGAAAAUUAUGACAUUUGUGAAGAACGAGCUGAAGAUGUUCAAGAGGAUUCUUAGUCCAGAACUCCCAGAAGGCUUUGAGAGUCAGAAGCAGGAUAAGGAAGUGGUGGAUGCUGAAGAUGAGCAGCAGGAGAGCAGUGCCAGAGAGGGGGCUCUGAAGAUCACACUGCACAUCCUGAGGAAAAUGAACCAGAAGGAGCUUGCUGACACACUGGAGAAAUAUUCAGAUGAGCUCGCUGUGAUUUGCCAACGUGAACUCAAAUCUAAUCUAAAGAAGAAGUUUCAAUGUGUAUUUGAGGGGAUCGCUAAACAAGGAAACCCAACACUUCUCAAUAAGAUCUACACAGAGCUCUACAUCACAGAGGGUGGAACAGGAGAGGUCAAUAAGGAACAUGAGCUGAGACAGAUUGAGACAACAACCAGGAAACAAGCAAGACCAGAGACUGCAAUCAAAUGUAACGACAUCUUCACACCCUUAACUGGACAAGACAAACCUAUCAGAACUGUGCUGACAAAGGGAGUCGCUGGCAUUGGAAAAACAGUCUCUGUGCAGAAGUUAAUUCUGGAUUGGGCUGAAGGAAAAGCAAAUCAGGAUGUCCAAUUUGUAUUUUCAUUCCCUUUUCGGGAGCUGAAUUUGAUGAAAGGGGACAAACACACUUUCAUUGAACUUCUUAAUCUCUUCUCAAUGGAAACUAAACAAUCAGGAAUCUCCAACUACAACAAGUACAAAGUUCUGUUCAUCUUUGAUGGUCUGGAUGAGUGCCGACUGCCCCUAGACUUCCAGAAGAACAAGAUCUGUUGGGACGUCACAGAGUCAACCUCAGUGGAUGUUCUGCUGACAAAUCUCAUCAAGGGAAAUCUGCUCCCCUCUGCUCUCCUCUGGAUAACUACCCGACCUGCAGCAGCCAAUAAGAUCCCUUCAGUGUGUGUUGACCAGGUGACAGAGGUACGAGGGUUCAAUGACUCACAGAAGGAGGAGUACUUCAGGAAGAGAUUCAGGGAUGAGGACAUGGCCAGCAGAAUCAUCUCACACAUAAAGACAUCAAGGAGCCUCCACAUCAUGUGCCACAUUCCAGUCUUCUGUUGGAUUUCUGCAACAGUCCUUGAACACAUGCUGGAACAUAAGAGAGAAGAGAUUCCCAAGACUCUGACUGAGAUGUACACACACCUUGUGGUGUUUCAUACCAAACAGAAGAAUGAAAAGUACAUUGGGAAAGAAGAGACAGGUCCGCACUGGAAUAAAGAGAGCAUUCUGUCACUGGGGAAACUGGCUUUUCAACACCUUGUGAAAGGCAAUCUGAUUUUCUAUGAAGAAGACCUGAAAGAGGCUGGCAUUGAUGUUAAUGAAGCCUCAGUGUACUCAGGAUUGUGCACACAGCUCUUUAAAGAGGAAUGUGGGCUGUACCAGGACAAGGUGUACUGCUUUGUUCAUCUGAGCAUUCAGGAGUUUCUGGCUGCUGUAUAUGUGUUCCUCUCUUUCAUCAACAACAAUGAGAAUCUAAUGGACAAACUGCAAACAAAACACGAGCCUGAAGUUGCUUUCUACAAGAGUGCUGUGGAUAAAGCCUUACAAAGUGAGACCGGAAACCUGGACCUUUUCCUCCGCUUCCUUCUGGGCCUCUCACUGGAGUCCAAUCAGAAGCACUUACGAGGUCUACUGACAAAGACAAGAAACAGCUCACAGAGCCAUGAAGACACAGUCGAAUACAUCAAGGAGAAGAUCAGGGACAAUCCCUCUCCAGAGAGGAGCAUCAAUCUGUUCCACUGUCUGAAUGAACUGAAUGACCAUUCUCUAGUGGAGGAGAUCCAAAGCUACCUGAGAUCAGGAAGUCUCUCAAAACCCAACCUGUCACCUGCACAGUGGUCAGCUCUGGUCUUUGUGUUGCUGACUUCAGAAAAGGAGCUGGAUGUGUUUGACCUGAAGAAAUACUCCAGAUCAGAGGAAGGUCUUCUGAGGCUGCUGCCAGUGGUCAAAGCCUCCAGAGCUGUUCUGCUGUCAGGCUGUGGAGUCACAGAGGAAGGCUGUGAUUCUCUGGUCUCAGCUCUGGAGUCAAACCCCUCACAUCUGAGAGAGCUGGAUCUGAGUAACAAUGACCUGAAGGAUUCAGGAGUGAAGCUGCUCUCUGCUGGACUGGGGAAUCCCCACUGUAAACUGGAGACUCUGAGACUCACUGGCUGUAAACUCACAGACACAUCCUGUGAAUUGUUGGCCUCAGUUCUCAGUUCAAACCCCUCACAUCUGAGAGAGCUGGAUCUGAGUUUCAAUGACCUGAAUGAUUCAGGAGUGAAGCUGCUCUCUGCUGGACUGGGGAAUCCCCACUGUAAACUGGAGACUCUGAGGUCAGUAUUCCUGUAGUUGGUCAACAAGUGAUAACUGUUCACCAGAUCCACAUGUGUUUACCAGACACACAUAGUCCACACCAUAUGUGUUUGGACAGUGAAGCUUACAGUUUUAAAUUUGGUGUUAUGCUCCAGCAUUUUGGAUUUGAGAUAGAAUGUUUCAUAUUAGGAGACAGUACAGAAUGUCACCUUUUAUUUAAAGGUAUUCAUCCAUAUACAGUCGUGGCCAAAAGUUUUGAGAAUGACACAAAUAGUAAUUUCCACAAGGUUUGCUGCUUCAGUGUCUAGAUAUUUUUGUCAGAUGUUACUAUGGAAUACUGAAGUAUAAUUACAAGCAUUUCAUACGUGUCAAAGGCUUUUAUUGACAAUUACAUGAAGUUGAUGCAAAGAGUCAAUAUUUGCUGUGUUGACCCUUCUUUCUCAAGACCUCUGCAAUCCGCCCUGGCAUGCUGUCAAUUAACUUCUGGGCCACAUCCUGACUGAUGGCAGCCCAUUCUUACAUAAUCAAUGCUUGGAGUUUGUCAGAAUGUGUGGGUUUUUGUAUAUCCACCCGCCUCUUGAGGGUUGACCACAAGUUCUCAAUGGGAUUAAG